ACCUUCGGUGUGCUGAUCACAGCCAUGGCGGAAUCUGGCGUCACGGAAGAGAGUCUCAAGACUAAGAUCAGGGAGCAAUUACAAGCUACGCAUGUGGAAAUUGAGGAUAUGUCUGGUGGAUGUGGUCAGGCAUACUCGGCGAUCAUAGUCUCACCGUUAUUCGAAAAGAAAACUACGCUUGCGAAGGCCCGGAUGGUUAAUACUGCGCUGAAGGCAGAGGUUGCUGCUAUACAUGCCUGGACGCCGAAGUGCUAUACGCCAGAGCAGUGGGAGAAGGCGAGAGGGAAUCAAGUCAAUGGAGAGGUGGUGAAUGGGACAUCUGCUUGA